AUGCAGCCAGCAGCAGAAGCCUCAGAAGCGGCAGCAGCUGAACAGCAGCUGCAGCGCGGCUUGCUGCAGCGCUUCAGAGCUCUCCCGCUGCUCUCCUGCCCCAUUGCCCACAGCAGCAAGUCUCCGGCCCUGGGGCAGGCGCUGCAGCAGCAGCAGCAGCAGCAGCAGCAGCAGCAGCAGCAGCAGCAGCAGCAGCAGCAGCAGCAGCAGGGAGCCUCGGGUGCGGCUGCGGCUCAGCGCCUAGCGUUGGGGGCGCAGCAGCAGCGGGAAGCCCCGAGGGGAGUUGUCUGCAGCCAAAUGGGGGAAGAAGGAAGGUCUCAGUCCCUCCCCUCCGCCGCAGAGCCCCAGGCCUUUCGAACUGCAGCAACACCAGAGCCCCAGCCAGUGUGGGGCCCCUCGGGGCUUUCCCCGGGGGCCCCCGGGGGGCCCCCCGCAGUUCUUUCGCCUGCGGGGGCCCCCCCCGCGGCCUCUGGGGGGCCCCCUGCAGCAGCGCUGGCAGCAGCAGCAGCAGCUGCUGCUGCUGCUGCUGCUGCUGCAGCAGGGAGCGGCGCUGCGGGGGGGGCCCUCACGGAAAGGGGGCCCCCAGAAGCCGCAGGAGAAGGGGGGCCCCCUGCUGCGGGUUUUGCUGCUGCUGCGGAAGCCCCGCAGGGCCACGGGCCCGCAGCUUCCCGUGGGGGCCCCCAAAGUGCGCUGCAGGCGCUUCUAGGCAGCAGCAGCAGCAGCAGCAGCAGCAGCAGCAGCAGCAGCAGCAGCAGCAGCAGCAGCAGCGUUGGGGAUGCAGGGCAGUCCGGUGGGGGGAGCCGAGAGGCGGGGCCUAGCGGGUAUUCGACUGCGGAGGGGAGCAGCAGCCGGGUGGAAGGGAGCAGCAGCAGCAGCAGCAGCAGCGGGAUGGACGCGAGCCCGAGCCCGAGCUGGAGCAGCAGCAGCGGCAGCAGCAGCAGCAGGAGCUUCGCGCUGAGCGGCGCGGACCCCGCAGGCGCUGCUGCUGCUGCUGCUGCCGCCGGAGCGGCAGGCGCCGCAGCAGCAGCUGCUGCGCGGGGCGCGCGCGCAGCAGCAGCAGCAGCAGCGGAGGAGAGCAGCAGCGGGAGCAGCAGCGACGGCGCCGCUGCUGCUGCGCCGCAGCAGCAGCAGCAGCAGCAGCAGCAGCAGCAGCAGCGCAGCAACCCCACCUUGGGGCUGCAUGCAUCCAGCGUUGUUGUGCCCCUCGAAAGAGCAGCAGCGCUGCUGCGCUGCAGCCAAAAAGCCCUCGCAAAAGACAUUUCUGUGGUUUUGGCUUUUAUUAAAAAAAAGCUGCAGCAGCAGCUGCUGGCAGCAAACUCGCCGCAGUUCCAACUCGACAGACUCGACCUCGUCGUCCAAAAAGUCAAAAACAUCAAACGCAGGACAGAAAAAGCAGCAGCAGAAGCCACGGGAGAACUCGAGAGGUGCAGCAGAAGGCUGAAGGUUUUGGCUGAAGAGCCUGACUUGCAGGAGGCGCAGCUGCGGGUUCGCCCUAAACCCUAA